UCAACAAUGAAGAGCGAGCAAGCUGUCAAUGCCGCACGUAGACAAGGAGUCGCAGUGGACACACAACUCAAAUGGGGCGCAGGCAGCAACAAACAGCAUGUCACCACAAAAAACACAGCAAAAUUGGAUCGCGAGACUGAAGAACUCAACCAUGAAACGAUAUCUUUGGAUGUGGGGAAACUUAUACAACAAGGAAGACAAGCUAAAGGCCUCAGCCAGAAAGACCUUGCCACAAAAAUCAAUGAAAAACCACAAAUAAUCACUGAUUAUGAGGCAGGAAGAGGUAUCCCCAAUAAUGUGAUCAUUGGUAAAAUUGAGAGGGUUAUUGGCAUCAAGUUGAGAGGUAAAGAUCGUGGCCAUGCACUUGUGCUUCCUGGAGGGAAGAAAUAGGCUUGGAUGGUGAAUUUGGUUAUUUUCUAUUAAAGUAGUGUUUGUAGGAUGUGUUCCUGCAUGGCAGUUUGAGGUGAAUCUUAACUUAUAUUCUAUAUUCGAAACCCCUAUGAAAAAUCAUUACUUCUGACCCUUCUAACA